CUUUUUUAAUUACCUUCAUCUAUUUCUUAUUUCUUUUAAGACUUUUAACCAUUUUUUACCAUGUCAUUAAUGAUCAAUUUUUUAAAAUUUUUAUUGUCAUGUCAUAGGUGGUAUGAGGAGGUGUAUGGAAUUGGUAUGUCCAUCUAUCUUUUUCCUAAUUAAAAUGAGGCUCUAAUUUAAAGUUUAAACUAAUCAAAUAUAACAAGUAACUAAAGUGCAUUAGCGUGCUGCUACUUGCAGCCAUUCAUUCAUUCCACUUUACAGCAUGAUGAUGAUUCAACUUUUAUAAUUUAGCUUAACUUAUCUUCAUUCCUCACUUUUCUGUUCAAAACUGAAUGAACUGAAACAAUUCCAAACAUGGCACAAGUGAGGAACAAGCAAGUGAUUCUGAAGGACUAUGUAUCUGGUUUUCCUAAAGAAUCAGACAUGAACAUUAUUGAAAGUAUAAUUACUCUUAAGCUUCCACAAGGUUCCAAUGAUGUUCUGCUAAAAAAUUUAUACUUGUCUUGUGAUCCAUUCAUGAGGAAUCUCAUGAACAAACCACAAGGAGCUCCCAUUAAUCCUCUUGCAUACACCCCUCAAUCUGUAAUAGCAGGUUUUGGGGUGUCUAAAGUCCUUGAAUCAGGACAUCCUGAUUAUAAGGAAGGUGAUUUAGUUUGGGGAUUCUGUAAAUGGGAAGAGUACAGCUUGGUCCCUUCAUCUCAAAUACUUUUCAAAAUUGAGCACACUGAUGUCCCACUUUCCUACUAUACUGGAAUACUCGGUAUGCCAGGAAUAACUGCUUAUGCUGGUUUCUUUGAACUAGGCAGUCCUAAGAAAGGAGAGACUGUUUUUGUUUCAGCUGCCUCUGGUGCAGUCGGUCAACUUGUUGGUCAAUUCGCUAAACUGACAGGAUGUUAUGUUGUAGGAAGUGCUGGAAGUAAAGAGAAGGUGGAUCUUUUGAAGAAUAAAUUUGGAUUUGAUGGAGGUUUCAACUACAAGGAAGAGCCUGACCUCGAUGCAGCUUUGAAAAGGCACUUCCCUGAAGGCAUUGAUAUUUACUUUGAGAAUGUUGGAGGCAAGACACUUGAUGCUGUACUCUUGAACAUGAGAGUCCACGGCCGCAUACCUGCAUGUGGAAUGAUCUCACAGUACAAUCUUACGCAACCUGAAGCUGUAACGAAUUUGGCACAUAUCAUAUAUAAGCGGAUUCGCAUGGAAGGGUUUAACAGUGCUGAUUUCUUUCACCUAAAUCCUAAAUUGUUGGAGUUUGUCCUCCCUCAUAUCAGAGAUGGGAAGAUUGUGUAUGUUGAAGACAUAACUGAGGGUCUUGAGAAUGGCCCUGCAGCCUUGAUUGGCCUAUAUAGUGGUCGCAAUGUUGGUAAACAAGUGGUUGUCGUUGCUCGGGAAUAGAAAGCAUUUGCUUUUCCUAUGUAUUGUUAUGUUGUCAAUUUUUUUCAAAUCUUUUAUAGAAUGUUUAGUUGUCUUUGUACCACUUUUGCAGUCAUCUUUUUCAUAUGUAUGAAUGUAUGAUAUGAUGAGACCUGUGUUCCUGAUAGUUCAGGGAGCUGUAUAAUGUAUUAGUGUUAUUGAUAGAAAAUAAAAGCAUUUGCUUGCCUUUGUGCAUUGUCAUCUAAA